GUGUGUGUGUGUAGAGUGUGUUUCUCUCUCUGCCUCUGCCCCCAGCCCAGCGCCUCGUCCCGGGAUCCGUACGUAGGCAGGCAGGCAGGCAGGCAGGCGAUCCCCGAAGUGAGUCCCCGCCGGCCGGAGGGUGUGCGGCCAAUUGAAGCACAUAGCCAUUCCCAUCACUCUGCCACACGAUCUACCCCCCAUCCACGGUUGAGGACACACGAGCACCCACUUCUCUGAGAUGGAGAUGCAGAAGAUGGGAGACGAGGAGCUGACCAAGUGCCUCAACGGCACCUUGCCUGAUGGUGAGAAGGCAGCCGCUCUGGAGGAUGGCUAUGUGGGAGAAGAGUCUGCCAUGAUGGAACAGGAGGAGUUCCUGCCGCACAUUGCCAGCAAGAAACUGAACCAGUUCACUGAUUUUGAAGGGAAGACGUCGUUUGGGAUGUCCGUCUUCAACCUGAGCAACGCCAUCAUGGGCAGCGGCAUCCUUGGCUUGGCCUAUGCCAUGAGCACCACGGGGAUUGUCCUCUUUGUGGCUCUUCUGAUCAGCAUCGCUUUGCUCUCCUCCUAUUCCAUCCACCUGCUGCUGGAAUGUGCUGGAGUCGUGGGAAUCAGAGCUUACGAGCAGCUGGGGCUGCGGGCGUUUGGCCACGGGGGCAAGGUGGUGGCUGCUGUGAUCAUCUGCGUGCACAACGUAGGAGCCAUGUCCAGCUACUUGUUCAUUGUUAAAUCAGAGCUGCCUCUUGUGAUUCAAACCUUCUUAGGGCUCAAGGAGAGCACCGGUGAGUGGUUCAUGAAUGGGAACGUUUUGAUCAUCAUUGUGAGCAUCUGUGUCAUCUUGCCCUUGGCUCUGAUGAAACAUUUGGGCUACCUGGGCUACACCAGUGGACUGUCGCUCAGUUGUAUGUUUUUCUUUCUUGUCUCGGUCAUCUACAAGAAGUUCCAGAUCACCUGCUCCUUCAACGGGACAUACUACGAAGAGUCCCCCUUGUACUAUAACGGACACAACACUACUGUUGAGCACAAAGACGACAUCUGCGUUGCCAAGAUCUUCACUGCCAGCUCCGAGACGGCCUAUGCCAUCCCCAUCUUGGCAUUUGCCUUCGUUUGCCAUCCGGAAGUGCUUCCCAUUUACACCGAGCUGCGCAGGGCUUCAAAGCGUCGGAUGCAGAAUGUUGCAAACCUCUCCAUCCUGGCCAUGUUUAUAAUGUACCUGCUGACGGCCAUCUUUGGCUACCUCACCUUUUAUGGGUUUGUGGAAGCUGAAAUGUUGCACACUUACAUCAAAGUGGACCCCCUGGAUCAGCUUAUCCUCAGUGUGCGGCUGGCGGUCCUCCUUGCGGUGACGCUGACGGUGCCUGUGGUUCUGUUCCCAAUCCGCAGGGCCAUCCAGCAGCUGCUUUUCCACAAUAAGGACUUCAGCUGGCUCCGCCACGUCAUCAUCGCCACCUGCCUCCUCGUGUUGGUCAACCUCCUUGUCAUCUUUGUGCCGAACAUCAAGGAUAUCUUUGGAGUCAUUGGAGCGACUUCAGCCCCCAGCCUCAUCUUCAUCCUUCCCAGCAUCUUCUACAUCCGCCUCAUCCCCAAUGAGAAAGAGUCGCUGCUAUCCAGGUCUAAAAUCCAGGCCGCCUGUUUCGCUGCCCUUGGCUUCAUUUUCAUGGUGAUGAGUCUCAGUUUCAUCAUUGCUGAUUGGGUGACGACAGGGAAGAACAGCAUCGGAGGGCACUAACCCCCUCUUGUACCCCCAAGAGACACAGUGGAGUGGUUCCAACCAGGGAGAAUCCUUCAGUGCCGGGGAGAGAGCACCACCAACUCUUGUGUAUCCUUGUUCAUCCUGGAGAUGCCGCCGCCGCCCUUCACUGUGGGGGAAGUAUUCAGCGGCACCCCGUGUUACCAUGGCGGUUGCACAAGGGCCCUGGAGCAGCACCAGGAGCUUCUCUGAAGGCCGCCCAGGCUCCAGUGGCCGUGAAACAGCCGAUCAGAAGACAAGCAACCCUGUUGCCCGGACGCAGCGUCAUCUCUCCUCAUUGGUUGCCAUUGGUGCUAUGAUCACACAGUCGACUGCCGAGUGCCUUCUGGAGUCUGUGGUAACCACAGAUUUCCCCCUCAUUUUCUCUCAUCCCUGGCAAUAUGAUACUGUUACUGCAUUGUUUGUCUCGACAAAACCGUGUGGGUUUGUGUACUGUCCGGUGCCACAGGACAGUCUUUCAACACUUGCUCUUUCUCUUCCCCCAUUCAAGAAAUAAUCCCUGACUGGUCCUGCUUUUUUCUGUCUCUGUAGUAACAGCGCUUAGUUGUCUUCCCGUCGUUCAGCGUGGAAGCAGCAGGGCUCUGGCCUUAACAUUACCGUGGCCCCAGCCUCCAUUUGCUUGUCUUUUAUCCCUCUGCCUGGUAGCAGACAGGGGACCGUUGCACCAGCUGUGCCUUGGGGGUACUGGCCCCCAACUUGGGGAAUGGCACAAGACAACAGUGCCCUUAGUGGACAAUCUAAUUUAUUUGUUGGUAUUUAAUUUGGACCUGGCUACCAGACCAAAGACUGCAGCGUAAACAUUCUGGGGCCUACAUGAUUUGCAUCAAGUUUCCUAGUUUCCUCUGGCAGAGAAGGCGGCCCAGGGUGUUCAAAUGGGAGGGUGAGCAGGCCCUGUGCUUGGCUUAGUUCUCAGCUCUAGAAGGGGAACGGGGUGUCAAAUUUCAGAAGGAACUUUUGAAACAUGAGUUCUGAGGUGGAAAAUGUAGAUAUAUUGGUGGAGGGUCCUUUCUCGAAGUGAAGUUAUAUGUUAACCUGGGGUCAUCCAGAAAAGUUUCCUUCUAUACUGUGUCUCACAAAAAGAUGUUAGAACUCAGCAUGCCAGACCUUCUUUGUUGUAGAAUGCGCUCCGCCUGGGUCCUAGUGCCUACCUCAUCAAGCUCCAGCCAUUCAUUCGAAAGUUUGAUGAUAGUCAUUCAAUGAACUAUAAAUGUUCUUGUAUCAUAGUGCCAUGUUCAAUAAUGCACAAAAUAAUGGUUUUGACAAAAGCAGCCCGCAAGAAUGAUUGAUAAUUCUCAUAUUCAUUCGGGACUAUAUUCUAAUGCGGAAGCAUGUGAUUUUCUCAACCGUUGCACCUCAACUGACUGAACAAACACCUUUAUCUGAGACAGAGUAUAGCUAUAGUACUGUACUGCCUUCUGGUCCUGAGAGAAAGCAGUGUUGCUUUCUGGUGUUGCUUUGGACACAACCUUCCAUCAUUUAUUCCCAUAUCAUCCAUAGACAGAAACUGCUCAGCAGAGGUGAAGCUCCAAGGGGACUGGGGGUGCGCUUUGCACCAGACGUGCACCUGGGGGGGGGGGGGCGGCACAAAAAUUCAGGUUUGCCGAUUUUGUAAUUUUUUUGUG